AUAUAUAGGACUAAGAUGUGGUUUUUCAAAGUGCUAACCAUAGACAAAAAAAAAAUUGGAUCUUCAAUCAAUCAAAGCUACUAUGAUGAGAGGACGAUUCCUCAAUUUCUUUCUCAAUCCAUCACCAAAAAAAUGGUCUCUUCUUUCUCAAUCUCACCAAUUCAUCUCCGUUGAAGCAAAUUCAAAGAACCUUUUACCUCGUGAUAAUGGAAAAAUCUUCACACCAAGUUUCAUCUUCAUAUAUGGAAUCAACACCUUGCAUACUACUAGUUCAGUUGUGGAACACUCAGAAAAAGAAGAGGUUGAAGAUUCCAUGUGGAUGAAGAUGAAAGAAGAAGCUAAAGUUGAUGUUUCUGUUGAACCUAUUUUGUCUGGUUACUAUCAUGUUUCAGUUCUGUCUCAUAAAUCAUUGGAAAGUGCUUUGGCGAAUCACUUAGCUGUUAAGUUAAGCAGUGUAAGUCUUCCUAGUACAACUCUUUCUGAUUUAUUUGUUGGAGUUUUGGAAUCUGAUAAAGAUAUUAUGAAUGCUGUGAAGAAUGAUAUGAAAGCAGUCAAGGAAAGAGAUCCUGCUUGUAUAACUCAUGUUCAUUGUUUCUUGAAUUUCAAAGGCUUUUUAGCAUGUCAGGCUCAUAGAAUAGCUCAUAAGUUGUGGUCAAGUGGAAGGAAGGUUUUGGCUGUUAUAAUUCAGAAUCGAGUUUGUGAAGUUUUCGGAGUUGAUAUUCAUCCGGGAGCUAGGUUCGGAAGUGGACUUUUGUUUGAUCAUGCGACGGGGAUUGUGGUUGGAGAAACGGCUGUGAUUGGAAACGAUGUUUCGAUUCUGCAUAGUGUGACGUUGGGUGGGACGGGUAAGGCUCAUGGCGAUAGGCAUCCGAAGAUUGGCGAUGGAGUGUUGAUUGGUGCUGGGACUUGUAUUUUGGGGAAUAUUAAGGUUGGUGAAGGUGCGAAAAUUGGCGCUGGUUCGGUUGUGAUUAAGGACGUGCCUCCGAGGACUACUGUGGUUGGGAAUCCGGCGAAGUUGGUUGGAGGGAAGAACAAUCCUAUUAAGCUUGAUAAGAUUCCUAGCCAUACUAUGGAUCAUGUUUCAAAUAUUGCUGAGUUUUAUGAUUAUGUUAUUUAGAGUUUAGUUUUUGGAGUUUUAUGUUUAGAGUUUUGGAUUAAGUAAUUUAAAUUUCAGGGUUCUUGUUUGUUAUGUAAGAGAGAAUUUUGGUUCUCCUGGUAGCAAUAAUAAAAGUGAAGUUGAGAGCACUCUUUGUUUGAUACUACAAAAAACUGUUAUUUUGUACUAGCUGAUAAUAGCUGCAUUUACUUUAGCAACAUUAUCCUGACACUUUUCACAUGCCAUAUUGCAAGAGAGAGUGAUACAAUUAUACAGAUAAUGAAGAAAAGGCUUGAUGUUCCUCAC